AUGUCAAUUCAUGGCGCCAUCACAUUCUUUCUGGAUCAGGACCCCGGGGCCAUUGGAGUUUCCGCGCUCUCUUGCUUAGCAUCGAGCCUCAAUGAACCCGGCGUUGCCCACUCUCUCGUUGAGCAACAUCGUCCUGCAUGCAAGGAGGUGCUCUCGCGGCUUGUGGCCGUUGCAAAUGAUGCUGGCAAGAACCCUAACGCACGCAUUUUGGCACUGGAAAGUCUGUAUGGCAUUUCAAACUUUCCCGAUGUCAGGUUUCGCACUGGGGAUUUACUUGACGCCGUGCAAAAGUUGAAUGAAUCGUUUGAGGAGUUUCUCGAAACACAGUCUACGGGGAAUGGUGAUGCACAACUCGAGAUGCUGACGGUGCUGUUGUUUCGCUGCAGUGACUACAUGCGAUUGAAGGCGGGGGAUCUGUUACGGCAGUUGUAUAAUAACGACGACGCACGACUCGUGUCGACGCUGCAGAUGAUCAUGAAGAAACGGUCAUUGGAGUGGAAUAUUGUGCAUGCCUGUGUGCGUUGCAUGUAUGAGUUGACCACCCCAGUGACUUACUUCACCGCCCCUGAUGAGAAUCUUCCCAUUGAAACAACAAAGGUGAGUGCCUUUCAAGAAAAAAUAACGACGAUCCUCAUUCAUUUCUCUGAGGGUAAAGCGCUGCAAGAACUGUUUGCGGAGCUCGGCGCACGCUGGGCCAUCGCCGUGGGUGAGGAGCGGAUUGAACAGAUUUUGGAGGGCCAAAGCCCCGUGAAGGACUCCGUAUGUGACGGUGUAGCGAUGAGGUUCUUGGGGUUGUUCCGUUACUUGGCGGUGAUGCUGCUCAACUUGGCCGACUUUUGCGAGCGGAUGGAUCUUGUGCGUGGCUACCAGCGAUCUUUCAUCACGCAGCAUCAGAGUUUUCUUGGCGACACGGUGAUACCCUUUUUGUCUCUUACACUUCUUUGCUGGGAGGCCAGCUGUGACACAACACUGGAGUCGCAGAACAAUCCAUUCAUGAAUGUGGCCAUUUCGGUGUUGCGUUUGCUGCGUUUUGCCCUUUACCGACCGUCACAGGCGUUGCAGGAAUCCCUUGCGCUGUCGCUCAGGGCUCUGACGCGACAUGUGCAUCGGCUGGAGUCCCUCCUCUGCAAGGAGUAUGUGGGCAUGCUCGUCAUUGUUCUUACCGUGGAGGUGCUGUGCAAUGUGAAUGCUGUCAAUGUGGAGCCGCUCACCGCGGACUUCACUGCGCUGGUGAAUUUGAUAUCAACCGACACGAACCCGCUACGCCCUGGGGCGCAUUUCACGGUGGCACAGGCCUUCACAUAUUGCCUUUCGAACGAGACGUCAAUGUACUGUGCCCCGGACAAUGAGUCGGUAUCCCUGCUGCGUCAACGGCUCAGGUUUGAGGAUGCGGAGAUGGCCAACGAGGCGGCGCGGGUGGUGCAGGCGUUGGAGGAGCAGUUGGGCAUGCUGCAGACGCUCAUGAUGGAACUGGCCGUUGGACAACUUAUUGGUGAUCUCUCACUUUUUGCAUCAUAUGCCACGGGAUCGAUUCCCUCUGGGCAGGCGCCGCCUGUGAAGACUGGUGCCUGUGACACAAAGCAAAUGCCAGAAAAGGAAAAGAAAAAGACGAAGCACCCGGCCAAGUAUGUCUGCAUGCUGACACGAAAACUGAUGCGGGAGCCUGUAGUGUUGCGCAACGGUCAUCACUUUGAGUUAGACGCGCUACAGGAAGUCGUGGAUCGCGUUGGCCACGUGGAUCCCCUCACUGGCGAGGCUUUUGACGAGGAAAUAGAGGUGGAUAUGGGUCUGCAGCAGGAGAUUGCACAGUACCGAAUAAAAAUGGCUGCUCGCGGGGAUAAUGAAGCAGCAGGGCAAGAAUUUCAAAUGGGCACUUAG